CCAGGCCACUGCUCCCUGGCUCUGCUGGCGCUGCCAGUGCUGCCUUGCCAGCAGCUCACCGGCCGCGCCGACCGUGGUGGGAAGGAAGCACCUGGCAAGGCCACGGAGGCCACGAUGGCCCUGGCGGGGGCCCUGGAGCGGCUGCAGGAGGAGGCCAUUUGCCCCAUCUGCCUGGAGUACAUGAGCGAGCCUGUCAGCAUUGACUGCGGGCACAACUUCUGCCGGGGCUGCAUCGCCAAGCACUGCCAAGAGAAGGGUCUCUGGGCUGACGGGCCCUUCUCCUGCCCACAGUGCAGGGCCUCCUGCCACCGCAGCGGCUUCCGACCCAACAGGCAGCUGGCCAACAUCGUGGAGAGCAUCCGGCAGCUGGGGCUGCGGGGCGGGCAGGGGACGGAGCCGGCAGCGGGGACCCCGCUCUGCCCCCAGCAUGACGAGCGCCUCAAGUUCUUCUGCGAGGAGGAUGAGGAGGCCAUCUGCGUGGUGUGCCGGGAGUCCCUGCACCACCGCCCGCACACCGUCUACCCCAUUGAGGAGGCCGCGCAGGUCUACAAGGUCAAACUCCAGAAAUCCUUGGAGCAUCUUUCAAAGGAAGUGGAGGACGUUAGGAAGCGUGAGUUGGCAGAAAGGAUGAAGACCCAGGAGUGCAAGGAGACAGUGAAGAAAAAGCGAGAGAGGAUUGUGAGCGAGUUCGGGAAGCUGCAUCGGCUGCUGGCCGAUGAGGAGAAGCUGCUGCUCCAGAAGCUGGAGGAGGAGGAGAAGAGGAUUCUGCUGUUGAUCAGUGAAAACCUGGCCAGACUGGUGGAGCAGAAGUGCUUGCUGGAGGAGCUGAUCCUGGAGAUAAAGGAGAAGAUACAUCAGCCAGCUGAUGGGCUGCUCAAGGACAUGAAGAACGUCCUGUGCAGGUGUGAGGGGGUAACAUUCCCAUCCCCCAUGGCUGUGUCUGUGACCCUGAAGGAGGACUACAGCAUCCCAGAGCGCUGCCUGGGCAUGAGGGACAUGCUGAAGAAGUUCAAAGUGGAUGUGACUCUGGACCCUGAGACGUCACACCCUGAGCUCACCCUGUCUGAGGACUGCAAGAGUGUGCGGCGAGGGAGCAAGAAGCUUCUUCUGUCCCUCUUUGACAACCCCAAGAGGUUCAGCACGGCUCCAGUGGUGCUGGGGAGCCAGGUCUUCUUCUCAGGCCGCUGCUACUGGGAGGUACAGGUGGGAGACAAGCCAGAGUGGGGCUUGGGGCUCUGCAGGGAGUCUGCCAGCCGGAAGGGCAACAUCCUCUUCUCCCCUAACAACGGCUACUGGGUGCUGCGGCUCCAAAAUGGGGGCAAAUAUGAGGCCCUCACCUCACCUGUCUCCCCUCUGACCCUGGCCGUGAGACCCCGGCGCAUUGGGAUCUUCCUGGACUAUGAGGCAGGAGAAAUCUCCUUUUACAAUGUGAGCGACCGCUCCCACGUUUACACCUUCACUGACAGGUUUUCGGGAAACCUCCGGCCUCUCUUUUUCCUGGGUGCCUUUUUGGGGGGCAGGAAUGCAGAGCCCUUGGUGAUCUCUUGGGUCAGGGACACACAAGGGACUGGGUGCAUCAUCCUGUGACAGCAGCUGCUCUGGUUUCUCACUUUUGGGCAGGGAGCUGGGAGCUCAACCAGCUCCUCCUGUGAGCGGGGCAGCACUGGGGAAAUACCUGCGUGCCUUGGUGCGUGUCCUGGCAGGGUCACUGUGUGCUCCUGGCUGCUGGGGGUGACCUGACAAGUGUGACACCCGCCAUGCGCCUGACACCCGCCAUGCGC